CUCUAUUUCCUCGACUUGGCUCGGCUCGGCUCAGCCCAGCCAAGCCCUGUGCUCUAAACCUGUACACUGCAGCUGAAGCUAUGGGCAUGUCUGCAGAGGAGAGCAAGUCCAGCAGCCAGAAAGAUGGGGAAUGGCCAGAAGUGGAGAAAGCGGAAAAGUUAGCCAGAGGAGCUGCCUUAAAAUGGGCUUCUGGGGUGUUUUACCAACCAGAAAAACUGGAGGGUCUUGGACAGUAUCGGAUCCGGGAGAUACAGCGCAACAGUUCCAUUCAAUCCCGCAUAAAGUCAACUGUGCAGACCUACCUGGAAGGUGUGAGCAUGGGCCUGGAGCAGCUACAUUCAGCCUUGGCAGACGUUCAGCAUGUGCAGAGAGAGCUGGAGAGCGUCCAACAGGACUUGGAGUCCAGCAUCAACUCUUUUCAGAGCCUGCAGAGGCUUCGGGAGGUGGCAGUGGAACACGCUCAGCUGGGUUUGGUCGUCCAGACAUUGCCUCAGCUUUUCUCAGUACAUCAACUCAUUUCUGAGACCUUUGAUCUCUUGCAACAUCAGCAUCUCCUGGAAGCCCACAGAAGGCUUAUGGACCUGGAAAGCCUGCAGGACAGCAUCCUGUGUCAGCUGCAUCAGCACAACCUGCUUAGCUCCUUACACCUGGCCAGUGUCGAGUCCUACUUUGGAGGCCUGCUGGAACUCGACAAUGCCCUGGCCCAGCAUCUAUGGAACAUUGUGGCUCGUGGCAUAAAGCUGGUGUCUGAGGAUCCGUGCCUUUUUGUAUCGGCUCUGCGCAUUAUCGAGCGAGAGGAAGCCCUUGACGCUGCCCUGCUGCUGAGAUCCCAGGCUCUUGGCUUCCUCCCACCAGGGCGCCCAAAGUGCUGGAGGCAGAAGUUCUUUCAGGUCAUCCAGGAGACCGUUCUAGCUUCACAUUUCCAGCCACUGCCAAGCAGUGCCCAAGACAGGGUUCUCGCGACACACCUGGCAUCCUUGCAGAGCAGCAUCUUGGCCGAGCUGUGCAUCGUGAAAGAUCUGAUGGUCCAGUGCUGCCCACCUCACUACGACAUCCUUGCAGCCUUUGCUACCAUGUUUCAUCAAGGCCUCAUCAACCACCUGCAUCACAUUCUCACUUUGGAUCUGGACAAACAGGAUGUCUUUGCCCUCCUCCACUGGGCAAUCCAUGUCUACCCAAGCUCGGAAAUGAUGGCACACCCGAGCCUUCUCCCUGAAGUGGACUCCUCAUUCUUGGGUCCUCUGUUUCCUGUGGAUACGGUAGACUACCUGGAGGAGCUCUACCUGGGGAAAGUACAGGCCAGCAUUGCAGAAUGGAUGCAGAAGAUGCUGGAACUGGAGUUCAAAGAGUGGUUCAGUGGGCAGGAGCCAGAAUUAGACUAUCAAGGCUGCUUCCAGACCAGUCUACCCAUCAUUGCUAUGAAGAUGCUGGAUGAAAACAUCCGAGUCGCAUGCCUCGUAUCUGACACACUUCAGCAAAAGGUGCUCCACAUGGCUCUGGGGGAGCUGGAGACAUUUCUUGGCAGCCUCUAUGAGGAGCUGGUCGAAUUUGGCAAGGCGCAUCAAAAGGAGCACACAGCAUCCAAGUUCUACACACCUUACUUGCUCUCAACCCUCAACAACUGCUUGGCUUUCAGUACUUCCAUCUCAGCCUUGAGUACAAGUGGGACAUCUCCCCUGGAGUCUACCAAGAUGCCCUUGUCCGUGGACAUCACCCUUGAGAGGGUCCAAAAGAAGGCCUGCUCGCUGCUUCUAGAAGAGAUGCUGGUGGAUCUGCAGCCUCUGUUUGUGCAGCUGCCUUCUCGUCAGUGGCUCUCUGAUGAAUCCCAGCUGAUGAGCAGCAUAUGCCAGGUGAUAAACAAGCAUGCGAAAGGUUUCCGCAGGACUCGCAAGCCCAUCAGCAUGUACCUCCUGUCAGAGACCGAGCAUCUGAUCAUGGGCCAGUAUGUGAGGGCCCUCUUGCAGAAGCGGAUGGUUUGCCGGAACGCAGAGGAGAGGAGCCAGAUGGCCAGGCAGAUGUUGCAGGAUCGUGCUCAGCUGGAGGAGCUCUUCUGCACCCUGGGCCUGGAAGAGAACAAGCAGUGCCUCAGAGUGAUCGCUGACCUUCAGGAGCUCAUUGGUCUCAAGGACACUUCUAUGCUCAGCCUAGAAGUAUUGGGAUUUGUGACAAAAUAUCCUGAUAUCAGUGAUGACCACAUUUCCAUGCUCCUAGACCUGCGGGGUGACAUCUCUAAAGAGAUUCGCAAUAAUGUCCUGGAGGUUAUGGUACAGAAUCCUCAAGUCCUGCCUGAGAAUUAUGACCCUGUUUUCAGCAAUAUCUUGGUUCCGGCUACAGAGCCACCCUUCUGCCUUGGCAAGUCAAAAUGUGCCUGACAUCUCCAGAGAUGCUGCUAGCAAAUUACGGGCUACAUCACUACAUCACUGCAACUCCCAUCAGCCUGUGGUCAAGAAUGCUGCUUUAGCUGCCACAGCUUCCCCCAAAGAAUCCUGGGACUUGUUUGAUGAAAGGCAAAGAGAGCCCUGGCUCCUAUCGCAAAACUGGAUUGUCUGGGGUUAAAUCAGGGAUAAGGAAACUUUUUUGGCUUGGAGGACCACAUUCCCACUGGAGAAAUCUCUCAUGCCAUCAUCCCCCAUAACUUUUUCCCUUUUCUUACCUUCCUUCUUAGCUGCUUCCCUAUUGUUAUGCCGUUCUAUUCAUGUACACAGCUUUCCUACACCGAGGAGUUUAUCCUAUGCUGUCAUUUUCCACUAAUGGUUGCUUGUGAGUUCUUUUGAUGGCACCAUAACCCUCCAGUUUCUCUUUGGUGUCUACUGGACAUUUUGGAAAGGUUUAUUUUAGAGCAGGGAGAAAGAAAAUAAAAGAAAGCACAACAUCUUCUUGUGUGUUUGUGUUAUGCUGGAAUAGCACAGUGCCCUCUAGAGAUUAAGCAGUGAAACAGCAGAAAGGGAAACCGGCCUUCUAUAGUGCUUGGCUCUCA